GCGACUGCAGCGUGCUCCUGUUCUCGAUUCUCGAAGCCUGUAUCCGUCUGUCGAGCCAUGGCGAAGGGAAGGGCACACCCGUCGAAGCGACCCACCCACCAACUUCUCGCGGCUGUCCUAUCCGUUUUCGUUCUCCUCCCGCUGCUCGUGCCGGCGGCGGCAACUGUGGCUGUGGCGGUGGCGGUGGCGGAGGGGGGCGGGAAGCAGUUGGCGGUCGGGAAGGACGAGGGAAAACUGGUCUCGGAGGGGGAUGCUGGUGGAGGCGGGUUAGUGGAGGAGAAUGAAUUCGCGGGUGGCUUUGGCUCCCUCGACAGCAUGCUGCAGUGGGCGAUCGGAAAUUCUGAUCCGGAGAAGCUGAAAGAGGGGGCUGCUGAUGUGCAGAAGUUAUCUGCAGAUGAACUGCUCGAGCGGCGUCAGGAGAUCAAGGAGUUGAUGGAGAAGUUAAAGAUGCCAUCAGACGCUGACUUAAUGAAAAUCGCAAUUGAUGACUUAAAUAAUUCUUCCAUUUCACUGGAGGAUCGCCAACGCGCACUGCAGGAACUUUUAGUUCUUGUUGAGCCCAUUGACAAUGCUAAUGAUCUUGAAAAACUUGGGGGCCUCCUUCCUGUGAUUCAAGAGCUUAAUAAUGCAAAUGAAGAAAUACGGACCACCUCUGCAUGGGUCCUUGGUACAGCCAGUCAGAAUAAUGAACUUGUACAAAACCAGAUCCUUGGUUAUGGAGCUUUGGUGAGGUUGGUGAAGAUGGGUUAUUCCACAUCUACAGAAGAAGCUGCAAAAGCAUUGUAUGCUAUAUCAUCUUUGAUCAGAAAUAAUGUAAAUGGUCAAGAAGCAUUCCAUUCAGAAAACGGGAGUGCAAUGUUGCAGCACAUAUUGGUCAGCAACAAUAUUGAUGUUAGGCUACAGAAGAAGGCAGUGUUUUUAGUAACAGAUUUGGCAGACUUUCAGCUAAAUUCCGGAAUCGCGCAACUUCCUUUCUUGAGUGACCGUCUUUUUCUGAAGUCAAUAGUCGAUAUGUUAUCAAGGUUUGACCUAGACCUUCACGAAAAAGUAUUAUUGGCCAUCAAGAGUCUGCUGAAACUUUCCUCAACUGAUGUGGAGGAUUUUGAGUUCUAUGAUCUCGAUAGUGUACUGCUCAGACUAGGGGUACAGUUGGAGGACUUGACACCAGAGGAUCAAAAGGAGUUCGCUGUGGAGGUUGAUGCCCUCCGGAGAGAAGUUCAAACACUCUUCCAACAGAAGCUCAAGCAGGGUAAAGCGACCUCGACAUGAUGUUCGGAUGACCACCAGAAGAUUUGCCCGUCUAGAUGGAAGUAGAAUGGAUCAGCUUUUGUGGGAUGCUACAGCUAGAUGGCGGACUUGGGUUUUCUUCUUGCACUUUGGCAAGGUACAUGAGGGCAUGAUAGGUUAGGAAGUAAGGCACGUGCUUAUGACUCCAUUUUGGCAAAACUAUAUGAUUCUCGCAACGUUCUGUGAUAUGGGCACUGCAACGAAGGAAUUUUUUUUCCUUGUUCCGUUGCAGCUGUAGCUUCAUUUUGAGAAUGAUUGAACUUGAUGUUGAUC